GGAGGACAUUACCUUUUCUGCUAGGGACAGCAUCAGGCAUCUUGCCUGUGUACAUCGUUCUGAGCAUCACAAGUGCCGUCUGUUCGACCCCUGUCAUCCCUUCCAGCUUGUGUGUACUUCUGGCAGGCUCCUCUCCUUUGAGCAAUCAUGAAUGCUCUUAACAAACACUGUCUCUAUCGUUGCCUUUCUUGCUGCUUUGCAACUUGGCCACAUCAUGCGUGGUACCGCGUUAGUCCUCCAUACGGAAGAUCUUAUCAUCAUACCAAGGAACUUAAACUGUGUGGAUGUACAACUGAUUCGGCAGGUUCAGAGACUGAAGGGGCUGCGAGGGAGACGUCCUUGUCACCACAGUCGAGAAUUGCUGUCUAGGACAACGGCCACCCAAGGCAACAUGUCAAUAAUUCUACAUGGCUACUAAUGAGAGUGAGACUAAAGACAAAUGAGAAGCGCAGUAUCUGGAGCGCUAGA